CACAGUUGUUUCGCUUUCGUUUCUCCUAAGAUGGGUAGUUGGUAGGAAAUGGUGACGCUGCGUUGUUCGCUGGUGUGCAGAGUUCACUAAACAAGGUUAAUAUAUUUAUGCGUGGGACACGUUGCACAGCUGUGUUAACUGGCGAAACUUGCUGUGAAAGACACACACAAAAAAGUAUUUAUUCUCCUGCCUGACUCGAGCUACAAUGCCUACCGUUAGGGACAAUUUUAAAACUGGAUUGGAGUUCAUAGAACACCUGGAAAGAAGUGAACGAACCCAGAAAAAUGACAGGGAAGAGCUCAAAUCCAUCUACAACGAGGAAUUCAGAGACAGAGAUGGAAUCAGACGGCCCAAUUUCUCCUGCAUUGUGUUCGCUUUGAAAAAAAACAACAAGGUCAGAGUAAAGAGGGGAUCGCUACACUUCAAUCCACCGCGUUCUCUUUUCCAGAUGAUUAUUGUAGUUGAGGACAAUCCCAAAGAAAGCUGUCAAGGCGAGUCUCUGGAGUAUUUUGGAGACCAGUGGAGAAGACCUCGUAACCAGCCCCCUGCUAACAGCCCUGUGCGGAUGAAUGGAGCCUCUCCUGGUCCUGCUUCAGCUCCGACUCAUACUCCCACGCCGAAAGAACUGGGGAAGAAAAAGGCCAGAACCAUCAUUCAGCAGCUGAGACAGAACCGAUCCAGUAUCAUCUCAGAUAAAGGAGGGAUUGUGAUCAGCUCCGAGUAUGCCUUCACGGAGGGCAGGAUGAAAUUCGAUUUCGCUCCUGAGCAGACUCGCGUCCUGGUUAUUUCUGUGAAGAACGUGGGGCCGGACCCGGUGAAGUUCACCCUGUACGAGGCUCUCCGCAGGAUGCAUGUCUUUACCUUCAAAGACGAGCACAGGGUGACCAGGGCCUGCCCCCUCCUGCUCAAUCGAGGCGACACCUAUAAAAUUCAAGUCUCCUGUCUCAGUUCCCAUUACGGCUAUUUUCCUGUCACCGUGGUUUUCGAGUUCAGACCCCACCUUUCUGGAGACUCCAGACCGUUCUACAUUGUGCGUAUGCUGGUGGGGGUGGCGAACAGCGCCCUGUCUAAGGAACUGGGUCCUACCUCCCCUUACAAACCCUACCAGAACGCCAUACGGAGGCCAGUCAACAUUCAGGUGGAGGAGGGCCUUGUACCAGAAAGCAAUUAUCAGCCUGAACUGAAGGUUGUUCCAUUACCGAACUUUGACUACCCCAAAAUUUUGAAGGAUUUGGUGAAACAGGGGCUGGAGGAUUCCGACAGAUUAUACCCUGUCCUGAAACAGGAGCUGAGCAGAGUGCGGCAUUUGCUCGAGUCUCAGUUGGACUUUGAAAACUACAAAGAGCGAUUCCAGCUACUGCUGCACCUGGAGGAGAUCCAGAUGGAAGUGGACAUCAAGAAAUACGACAUGCACAAUGCUGUCAUGUACCCGGAUCCCCAGCAGAAGCGUUUCCUCGUGCUUCACGUGCCUGGUGUGGCUGAGAACAGGCCCUCUGUCUUGAAAGGGGACUACUUGCUAGCGUCAGAGAGUGAAGACCCAGGGGACCCUGUCAUCAAGUACAAGGGCUGGGUGCAUGCGGUGCAGCUGGAUAAACUGAAGCUGGGCUUCUCCCAAAAGCUGGUUAAUAAGCACAUAACCAACAUGAAGUUCGAAGUGACGUUCACUUUUAACCGCCUGCCGCUGAAACUCCAGCACCGCGCGUUGGGGAUGGCGGUAAAGCACGACCUGAAGGACUUCCUGUUCCCCUGGUGCAGUCUGGGAACCAACCUGGCCAUUCCGAACCUGAGACUGUAUGAUCAGAACCUGGGGAGGAACCCUGAGCAGGACCUGGCUGUGAAGUGUAUCGUGGCUGGAACGUCUCGACCAGCUCCAUUCCUGGUGUUCGGACCUCCAGGGACAGGCAAGACUGUCACCAUCGUGGAAGCCAUCAAACAGGUUCACUUCACUCUCAAAGACUCUCACAUCCUGGCCUGCGCUCCCUCAAACAGCGCCUCGGACCUGCUCUGCCAGCGCCUGCUGCAGCACGUGGACAAGCACGCCAUCUACCGGCUCAACGCCUUCAGCAGGGACCCGGGGGACCUCCCCGCAGACAUCCUGCCCUGCUCUAACUGGGACCCCAGUCUCCAGAGCAUUGUGUUUCCUGCCAAGGAGGUGCUGAUGAAGUACAGGAUCCUCGUCACCACCGUAGUGACAGCUGGCAGGCUGGUGUCCGGUGGUAUUCCUGCUGGUCAUUUCUCCCACAUCUUCAUUGACGAAGCCGGACACGCAGUGGAACCGGAAUGCAUCAUCCCUGUGGCAGGGUUGUUAAACAAAGACCAAGGGCAGCUGGUUUUAGCCGGAGACCCAAAGCAGCUCGGACCCAUCCUGAGAUCCCCGCUCGCAAUAAGACACGGACUGGGCGUUUCCUUGCUGGAGAGACUGAUGACGCAGAACAGUCUUUACCAGAAGGACUCCAGCACUGGAGGGUUCAACAGUCACUUUGUGACUAAGCUGCUCCGUAACUAUAGGUCCCACCCAGCGAUCCUCAAAAUCCCUAACGAAUUGUUCUACGAUGGAGAACUCCAGGUGUUUGCCGAUGAAAUUCUCAGAAACUCCUUCUGCACCUGGAGGAACCUGCCCAAGAAGGGCUUCCCGGUCGUUUUCACGGGGUGCAGGGGCUGGGACGAGAGGGAAGGGAACAGCCCUUCUUUCUUCAACGUGUCCGAGAUCGACGUGGUUGUGUCCCACCUCAAGAAGCUGCUGCAGAAAUCAGGCAAGAAGGGCAUCCGCAAACUCUCUCCCAGAGACAUCGGCAUCAUCUCCCCUACAGGAAGCAGGUAA